AUGGAUCCGAGCGAAAGCGGCACAUCAGCUGAACUGCAGCUGCGACAGGCAAGAAGCAGCAUUGCAUCACUUAACCGUUUUCUUGCAGAAGCCGAAAAAGGUAACACAGUACCUUUUGCAGAAUUACAGCAAGAGCUGCAGAGUGCACGUGCCGUACUCACAGGACUUUCACAAGGAAGAUUAGAUGCUGUUUCAACUGCUGCUUCCAUCUCUGUGCCUUCUGGGUGGCAGGCGUCUAAUUUACACCCUCGCACAGUGGGCCGGGAAGCAGUAACAGACCUACAAAGACGUACGGCACAGCAAUUACUUGCCGAACUGAGUCUAAUAGAAACUUCUUUGCAGCGUUGUCAGCGAAAGACACAACAACGUCAGACGUAUAUGUCAGAGGUAGAGCAAUUACUUGGCGGUAUGCGGGGAAAUGGUGGUCAAGAUAGUGUUUCAUCUCUACAACACCUCGAAAGUGAACGGAGUUCCCUGCAGUACACACGUAAUCGUGUUCGAGCAAUGCUAGAUGAAAGUAAUUUGGUGAUGAAGGCGCUGCAGGAUCAAGGUGGACGUCUCGAAGGAACAGAUAGCAAGGUUGCGGAUGUGUUAGAGUCUAUUGGUGUGGCUAAUUCCACUGUUUUGCAGAUUCUCCGCCGUAAUAGAGUUGAUGCAUGGCUUGUAUACGGAGGCAUUGCACUCACAAUCUUAUUUCUCUAUUAUAUAUGGUGA